CAGUCAACAGAUAAGAGCACGCGCGGUUCAGUCCCAGGAUCAAGCAGCGCGCGCGUGAGAGAAUACAGCGAUAAGAUUCUUCACAAAGCAAGACCUGCCUAAAUCUACCCCAAUGAUAUAAUCAAAGCUGUCCUCGGGACGCAAUGACAGCGGGAGCUGGUGGACGCAGUGCGCUUUAAAAAAAAAUAAAAUAAAAAAAGAAAGAAAGACAGAAAAGAACUUUCAGUGAACUUAUUAACUGUGCUAACUGCCUCCUGGAAGAAUGAGCACCUCCCCCGUCGGAUCUCGUGCCUCCAUCGACAUCUUGGAGGAGCUGCAGCUUAUUGCGGCCCAGAACCUUGAGAAGCUGGACAUUAAUAAGUACUAUGAAGUUAUUAGGGAGCUGGGCAAGGGCACUUAUGGCAAAGUGGAUCUGGUUGUCCACAAGAUAAGAGGCACUAAGAUGGCUCUGAAGUUCUUGCGGAAGAAAACCACUAAGCUGAAGAGCUUUCUGAGGGAGUAUAGCAUCUCGCUCUACCUUUCCCCAUGCCCAUACAUUAUCAGCAUGUAUGGCAUCGCCUUUGAGACAGACGAGUAUUACAUCUUUGCGCAAGAGUAUGCAUUAGCUGGGGACCUCUUUGAUAUCAUUCCCCCUCAGGUGGGGCUGCCAGAGAGUGUGGCGAAACGCUGUGUACACCAGGUGGCUUUGGCGCUUGACUACCUUCACUCUAAGAAGCUGGUGCAUCGUGACAUCAAGCCUGAGAACGUGCUCAUCUUUGACCGGGAGUGCCGAAAGGUCAAGCUGUCAGACUUCGGUAUGACGCGUCGAGCCGGUUCACCAGUAAAGCGCGUGAGCGGUACCAUCCCUUACACGGCACCUGAGCUGUGUGAGCCAGGCCGCCAUGACGGUUUCUGUGUGGACUAUAGCACAGAUGUGUGGGCCUUUGGAGUGCUCCUCUUCUGUAUGCUCACAGGCAACUUUCCAUGGGAGAAGGCGCUACCAUGCGAUGCCUUUUACGAAGAGUUUGCACGCUGGCAGCAGCAGCCAAGGAGGCGGGCGGGUGCAGUGCCAUCACAGUGGCGUCGCUUUACCAACGAGGCGCUGCGCAUGUUCCGGCACCUCCUGGCUAUCGAGAAAGAGCAACGCUGCUCUGUCAAUGAGGUGCUCACCUUCUUCUGCCACUGCUGGAUGCUAGACACGGAAAACGGCAACACAGCUACCUCACCCAGUGGCACGGUGCUCAAUGGGCACCUGGCUGAGCUCAGCUCUUCUUCCUCAGAGGAAGAUGAUCUGGUGGCGCGUCUGAAGCAGCAGAGCCUGUCACCUGUGUGCGCUGUGGCCAAAGCAGGCAUUGUCAUUGAGCCGGUGGUACCACCCUACUCCACCAUGUCUACCAUCAACUCGCCUUCCUCUAAUAACAGCUACGAGCGUGUCUCCCGUGACAGCAACGGUAAUGGAGGUCGCAUCCUUGUGACCACGCCUAUCGAGAUCUGUGUGUAGUAAUACUGUAGAUGACUAUACAGACUAUACACAUACUCAAAACACUGGUAACCAGUCGACAACGGUGAGGACUCCAAUCCUUAAACUAGGAGGAAAUGCUCCGUAUCUCAUGCUGAGUGUAGAACAUAGUGAAAACGUUCUACAGAUGUGUCAAUUGUUCCUUAUGAUGAGUGUCUCUGAGGGGAAUACCACAAGUCGAAAACAGUCAUCAUACUGAUUGUGUAUCUCAGCAUUUCAACCAUUUUAGCCCACAUGUAAUCAGUCCACCACUAGCAACAGUGCACACAUGGGGGGGAACAAAAACAAACAGGUAUGAAAUUACCUGUACCAUCAUAUAGCAAUAUGUUAAAUGUUUUGCAAAAAUAAAAAUCAAUGUAACAAAGUUGUAAUGUCUGAGACUAACUGCAAAAACACAAUGUGAAAAUUUUCAUAAUGUGAUUUUUGGAAGUGGUACUUGUUUGUGAAUGUCCAUUUGGUUAGUGGGUAAUUUCAAUUUUUUUAAAAUGUGUUUUUUUUUGUUGUUGUUGUUGUUUUUUUUGCAUUAUUUAUUUUGAUCUUGUACUUCUGAUAUUUUGCUAUUUAUUUUAUACUGUAGCAUUAUAGAGUUAAUAAUGCCCAGUUGCCAUUAUGGUGUGUUGCAUUGUUUAACAAAAAAAAAAAAAAGAAAUAAAAAAAAAAACACAAGUCCUUCUAAACCAAAAUGUUAUCAGAACUUCCCUAAGAUGUUAUCUUCAUUUGAACAGUGCAUGCCAUUUUCUCUGUGUUGUUUCUUAGUAUGGUGCAUUUUUGAGAGUUUCAAUGGGUCUUCUCACAGUGAGCGAGGCCUCGAUUGCUCGGAUGAUGUUACCAAUGUGAUGACAGUGCAUACGGAUGCCUGUCACUAUUCUGAACACAGAGAAGGUUUGAUUUGUGCUAUAGAAAAAAUAAAAAUAGGGCUGUGUUAGAACACAAAGCAUGCCAGUGAUUCAGAUGUGGUGAUACAGAAUCAUCCGUCCAUGUCUUGAGAAUGAGGACACUACUGUAGGUGUCAUAGGACUGUUUUACAAGAGCAGAUGGACAAUUUUGAAAUCAUUCUUCUGACUUGAAGGUGUUUUAAGAAUUUCUCAGGUAAAUAUGGUUAUACUGUGUAAUUACACAUAAUAGCCCAGUUUAAAUCUAGUUAUUUAAAGGAAAGGAAUGACUUUGUGAGAGAGUGAUACUGGAAUCUUAUUACAAAAUAUGGAACUUGA